AGAGCACGGCGAAGACGGAGGGUUUUCGGGAAACAUCGCAUCCCAUCUAGACGCUGGCUCGCAACGGUGAAGCGCGGGGGGCCGAGUCUCCCGAUACGUCACCGGAAGGCGGUGCCACCUGCUGGUGGGCGCCCUGGUCAGCGAUGGGUUGCUUCGGCUCAGCCGGAUCGAAACAGUCGGACUCGAACAGCUCCGAGGAUACGAAGAGUCAGAAACGGCGCAGCGAUGCGAUCACACGGCAACUGCAGAAGGACAAACAAGUGUACAGAGCGACGCACAGACUGUUACUACUCGGUGCCGGUGAGUCCGGCAAGUCCACCAUCGUGAAACAGAUGAGAAUAUUGCACGUGAACGGGUUUUCCGACAGUGAGCGGAAGCAAAAGAUAGAGGACAUUAAGAAGAACAUUCGUGAUGCUAUCCUGACAAUUACCGGUGCAAUGAGCACACUGACACCGCCUAUUCAGUUAGAAAAACCGGAGAAUCAGGCACGGGUAGACUACAUUCAGGAUUAUGCGUCAGGGCCUGAUUUCAAUUAUCCGCCGGAAUUCUACGAGCACACCGAAGAGUUGUGGAAAGAUCGCGGUGUCCAGCAGACGUACGAGCGAUCGAACGAGUAUCAAUUAAUUGAUUGUGCUAAAUACUUUCUGGAUCGUGUUAGUGAAAUCAAGCAGCCUAACUAUACUCCAACCGAGCAGGAUAUCCUGAGAUGUCGUGUGCUAACCUCUGGCAUUUUCGAAACUAGGUUUCAGGUUGAUAAAGUGAAUUUUCACAUGUUCGACGUCGGCGGGCAGCGCGACGAGCGGCGUAAGUGGAUUCAAUGCUUCAACGAUGUCACAGCAAUCAUCUUCGUGACGGCGUGCUCUAGUUAUAAUAUGGUCCUGCGCGAAGAUCCCACACAGAACCGGCUACGGGAGUCGUUGGAUCUGUUUAAAAGUAUUUGGAAUAAUCGAUGGUUACGGACUAUAUCCGUAAUAUUGUUUUUAAACAAGCAAGAUUUACUGGCCGAAAAGAUAAAGGCUGGCAAGAGCAAGCUGUCGGACUAUUUUGGCGAAUUCAAUCGUUACCAGACGCCAGCCGAUGCUGUAUGCGAAAUGGGUGAAGAUCCAGAAGUGAUUAGAGCAAAAUAUUUUAUAAGAGAUGAGUUCUUGCGUAUAUCGACAGCGAGUGGUGAUGGCAAACAUUACUGCUAUCCACACUUUACCUGCGCCGUAGACACGGAAAACAUCAAGAGAGUUUUCAACGAUUGUCGGGACAUCAUUCAGCGGAUGCAUCUGCGGCAAUAUGAGUUGUUAUAGAUAUACUUAAUGAUUUCGAUACAACAGCAACUUGGUCGUCUCAUUUUAGUUGUGUCUAUCGUGAAACAAAUAUCAAACCUAGCCAAACUAUACUAAUUUUAUAAUAAAACAAAUAUUUGAUUAGGAA